AUGUCUAAACCAUUGGAUCCAUCAUCCAUAACAUCAGCCAUCAAAGAAUGUCUGCAGACGGAUUCAAAUGUGGUAAAUGAUAUAAAACAAAUUGUUACGAAUAAUGAUGGCGACUUUACUAAAUCAAUCAACCGUAUCGCAGAAUUAUUAACCAUACCAAUCACGAGUAUCGUCACUCAACGUCUUGAACAGCUGGAAUUAAAAAUCGAUGAUUUGGAACGAAGAUCACGUUCGCAUAAUCUUCAUUUUCAUGGAAUCAAAGAAGAAGAAAAUCCUAAAGAACAGAUUGUUGAGAUAGCCAAAUGUAUGAAUGUUGAGCUGACAAAAGAUGACAUUGAAGUAGCUCAUUUCACUGGUGGCGUCAGGGAUGGUAAACGUGGCGUUAUUGCGUGUUUUUACUCAAGAGAAAUGUGCAUGGAGCUGUUAAAAAAAAGAAAAAAACUUCAACAACCACAAGGCCGAAAAUAUGUCGUCUUCGAAGAUUGCACGCAGAGGACAAUGGGCUUGUACAACAAAAUGCGUACUAAAGUAUCGGAUGCUAAAAAAUUUCAUGUCUAUAUUCGAAAUGGUCGCGUGUUAUACCGUUCAGAAUUAAAAAGCAAGGCAAGAUUAAUCGAAACAGAAAAAGACAUUGAAGAAAUUAUCAAUAUAGUAGAAUGA